AUGGCUUUUCAAUUAAUACCUCAAGAUGGCAUGAAGAGACCUCCACUUCCCUACCAGGACGAUAUUAGGGCCUUCACCAAGGAAUAUGCAGAAGCCCUCGAUGCACGGGAUCCUCUGCGUCAAUUCAGAGAUGAGUUUAUCAUCCCCUCCAAACCGGAUCUGAAGAGACUAUCGUUGGCUGUUAAUGACAAAUCCGAUGACUCUUCCGAUCCACGAUGUAUCUAUCUGUGUGGUAACUCGCUCGGGGUGCAGCCUCGCAGCAUACGGAAAUAUAUCGAGCAUUACCUGCGAACCUGGGCAAUCAAAGGCGUAACGGGGCAUUUUACACCUCAUGAUGAUCAGUUGCUUCCCCCGUUUGUUGAUGUGGAUGAGGCCGGGGCAAAACUUAUGGCUCCAAUCGUUGGUGCACUCCAGAGCGAGGUCGCGGUCAUGGGUACCCUGACAGCCAAUCUGCACCUGUUAAUGGCAAGCUUUUACAGGCCCACUCGGGACAGGUAUAAGGUCAUUAUCGAAGGCAAAGCCUUCCCAAGUGAUCAUUAUGCAGUUGAAUCCCAAAUAAAGCAUCAUAAUCUGGACCCCAAGGACGCAUUGGUUCUCAUCGAGCCAAAAGACACUGCCCGACCUACCCUGACCACGGAGCACAUACUCCAGGUGAUUGAUGCGAACGCAUCCAGCACGGCUGUCCUGCUCCUUUCGGCUAUCCAAUUCUACACUGGCCAGUAUUUCGAUAUAAAAAGGAUUACUGCCCAUGCUCAAUCUAAAGGUAUCACUGUAGGUUGGGAUUGUGCCCACGCAGCAGGAAACGUUGAUUUGCAACUACACGAUUGGAACGUGGACUUUGCAGCCUGGUGUACUUAUAAAUACCUCAACAGUGGACCCGGAGGAAUGGCGGCAAUGUUUGUCCAUGAGAGACAUGGAAGAGUAGACAUGGACAAAGCUAGCCCUGGUGGUGAACCGUUUCAGCCCCGGUUCUCCGGCUGGUGGGGAGGCGACAAGAAAACCCGGUUCCUCAUGAACAACAACUUUCUACCCCAGCCCGGUGCGGCAGGAUAUCAAGUGUCGAAUCCAUCUGUGUUGGACAUGAAUGCAGUAGUGGCAUCUCUUGAGAUUUUCAACAGAACGUCAAUGGCGAAAAUCCGCCAAAAGUCUCUGAGUCUCACGGGUUACCUUGAGUAUCUGCUCCUGACAUAUCCUCUUAACACACCGCCGGAGGAGAAGCCCUUUACCAUUAUCACCCCGUCGGACUCUGCCCAGCGCGGUGCACAGCUCAGUCUGAGACUACAGCCCGGUCUUCUGGACCAUGUAUUGGAGGUUUUCGAGAAAAAUGGAGUCGUUAUCGAUGAGAGAAAGCCAGAUGUUAUUAGGGUUGCGCCGGCACCUCUAUAUAACACAUAUGCAGAUGUGCGGGAGUUCUGUCAGAUAUUCUUUACUGCUUGUCGCGAGGCCGUGAAGGCUCGGAAAUAA